AUGGGCGUCCCCUCAUCACUGUCUCCGGCCUCUGUUGCCGAGUACAUUAUAGGUGUCCUCGAAGCCUCGGAAAAUACCCCAUAUAUCGGCGAACCCAUUUCCCAGCUGCAACACUCCCUCCAGGCGGCCAACCAAGCCGCGGUCGCCUCGCCGCCUGUCGAUGAGGCAACCCAAGUUGCGGCCCUACUCCACGAUAUUGGACAGUUUGCACCCGCGAAGGACCUGUGGUCCCUGACCGGCGGUCGAGCGCAGAAUCUUGGCGGGCAGUCAACAACUAGCAGCGUCGGCAGAGUCGGUCACGAGACACUCGGGGCCAAGUUCCUGCUGGCGCUAGGCUUCGAGCCAAAGGUGGCUCGGCUGGUCGAGUCGCACGUUGCUGCGAAGCGAUACCUUUGCGCGGUGGACGAUGAGUACUACAGCAAGCUGUCGGACGCGAGCAAGAAGAGCUUGGCCUAUCAAGGUGGUCCCAUGAGCGGAUCGGAGAGGGACGAGUUCGGAUCUGGUGCCUGGUGCCGUGAAAUGUGCCAGCUUCGCGUGUGGGAUGACGAAGCCAAGGUCGAAGGGUUGGGAGUACGGAGUUUGGAGAGCUGGAGGUCAGCCAUCGAGAGACAGGUCACAGCGAGUUUGUCGGUGGAAGCAGUUUAG